GAGAGAACCACAACAAAGCAACGACGAUAACGCGAAUGGAAAGCAAGGGAGCAUAAAACAAGACAAAACAAGGCACAGCUGCAGCAAUGGGCAAGUCCCAGUCACACUUGGCCAAGCACAAAGACGAGAGUCAUGACGCGCUGACGGCCAACGCCGAGACAGAAGACGACAUAAAGAACGGCGAUGUGUCUCAGUUCCCCUACGUGGAGUUCACGGGACGGGACAGCGUCACUUGCCCCACAUGUCAGGGGACCGGCAGAAUCCCCCGAGGACAAGAGAACCAGCUCGUGGCUCUGAUUCCUUACAGCGACCAAAGGCUCAGGCCAAGCAGGACAAAGCUGUAUGUUACGAUAUCAGUGGUCCUUUGCCUCCUGCUGUCUGGCCUGGCUGUUUUCUUCUUAUUCCCUCGCUCUAUUGAUGUCUCCUAUGUGGGAGUGAAGUCCGUCUACGUCUCCUAUGACCAGGACCAGCGGAUUGUGUAUCUCAACAUCACAAGUACCCUGAACAUCACCAAUAAUAACUACUACGCUAUAUCUGUGACCAACAUCACAGCACAAGUGCAGUUCUCCAAGACGGUGAUAGGCAAGGCCAAGUUCAGCAACAGCACAGUGAUCAUACCGCUGGAUGAACGGCAGCUUGACUACACCGUUCCCACCACCAUGUCUAAAGAUAUCAGUUAUAUGUAUGACUACUGCACCCUGUCAACCAUCAAAGUGCACAACAUUGUGGUCAUGAUGCAGGUGACGGUGACCACGACGUACUUCGGCCACGCGGAGCAGGUUUCCCAGGAGAUGUACCAGUAUGUGGACUGUGGGGGGAACACCACCUCCUUGCAUGGACAUGUACAGGUCUACCAAUAAGGAAAGAAAGAAAGAAAGAAA